AUGAGUUAUAGCUGGCGCGGCUGCCGUGUUCUGCUUGGUUCCAUGCCCUCCUUCCGACCGCAUAUUCACAGACACCCAUGCACAAUAUGCAGCAGCGCAGUGACGCAGUAUCAAGAUGCAACUGAGACAACUAGUGCGGAUAUUUGUGACGACAAAAACAUUCGCAACGAUAUUCAUUCUGCCUCCCACGUUAGUUGUUUCAAUUACCUUAGCAGCGAUAAAGCCGCGACUGCUACGCCAGCAUCGCUUCAUUUUAGAGAUCGACAGCCUUCAGGAUGGAGUGGUAGGGCACUUGGCGCCACAGUAUGCGAGAGUCGCAGGGCCGCUCUUAACGAGUGGCUCGGGAUGAUGCAGAAUGCAGCAAAAACGACACAAUCGCAACCUGAGGAUGCAUACCUUCAACAAUGUUGGCAGGCGUUCCGUGAUCCAUCACGGGCUUUAACUGAUCGUGAGAUGGAAGGUGCUAUCGAACUUCUCGACCGGCAAUGUGAGUUUCAGAAGAGUUGUACAACAAGUGACAAGUGUUUGGUGGGGGAAAGUGCAAAUUCGUUUUUGAUGCGUCUGAGAGGUGGCGAUGUCCAUUCCGUGGAUGAAGAGCGACAAUUGUCGUUUCAGCGGACGCUCCUCGAGUUUCGUGAUUUAGCCAAUACCAUAAAAUUACCCUUCUUCCUUUGCUGUGGCACGGCGCUUGCAGCUCACCGUGAGGGUUAUUUUAUUCCGCAUGAUGUUGAUAUCGACGUAGGUGUAUUCUACGAAGACCUUCAGGACUUAGGUGAUCCACAGAAGGCUGUCGUGGGUUUAUUGUCACAUGCCGCCCUUGGUGGGCGUUUUGUUCUUUUCGAUGUAUGUGGUACGGUGGAAAAAGGUCUCGAGUUGCGUUUCCUCCACAGUGAAACGCAAGUGCCAAUAGACUUGAACGUGUAUUAUCAACCGCUCCCACAGGAUGACAAAAUUGUAGCAGAGUUCGGCCCGUUUGUGUGGACGGCAACAUAUUAUGAAUCCUCUGCCGCGCGCCGUCACGGCAUGUAUCGUUACAGGCAUGCGCCAUUCCGUGCGGCCAUGAAACACAUGUCGUUCUGCGACACCAUGGCGUCUUCAUCUGAUCCUACAAAUACGGUGGGGUUUCUUGUUCCUCCGGAAUCUUACGUGGAGGAAUGUUAUGGUAAGGAUUGGCGCACCCCGCGGCGGUUCACGUAUGCAGAGGGGUUACAAAAUGGAGGCUUUGCAAAUAUCAUUGACGAGUAG